AUGGGUUUUCUCAAGCCGGAUACCAAAGCGACGGGGGCUUCAGAGCCCGUCGUGACCAUUAUCGCGAAUGAGGACAAGGUUGGGUGGUACAGGAAGCCAAACCUGAGAUAUCUCUACCUGAUCCUCUUUCCGGCGUGUAUGGGAAUCGAACUCACGUCUGGAUUUGAUUCCCAGAUGAUUAACGCUCUUCAAAUUGUCCCUUCGUGGGUGACUUACUUUGAUAACCCGCAAGGAUCCCUCAAGGGCAUCAUCGCCGCAGCAUACUCUCUUGGAGCGAUUCUAUCUCUUCCUUUUAUCCCAAUGGUCAAUGACAAAUAUGGUAGACGAUGGUCUAUCGUGGGAGGCUCAGUCAUCAUGAUUAUAGGAGCACUGAUUCAAGGAUUUUCUCAGCACGUUGCCAUGUAUAUCGUCGCUCGAAUCAUCCUCGGCUUUGGAAUUCCGACUUGCAUCGUUUCCGGCUCGUCCUUGAUCGGUGAACUCAGCUACCCGAAAGAGCGAGCGAUCCUCACCUCGUUAUUCAACGUUUCAUACUUCAUCGGCCAGAUUGUCGCCGCUGGCAUCACGUUCGGCACGAACAGCAUUCCCAGCAACUGGGGAUGGCGUAUACCUUCUUUACUGCAAAUGGUCCCCUCCAUUCUGCAGAUUACAUUCGUCUUCCUCCUGCCCGAAAGCCCUCGAUGGCUUGUUACAAAAGGCCGCAGCGAAGAGGCCAAUGAGAUUCUGAUCAAGUAUCACGCCGAGGGCGACCGAGACUCUGAGUUUGUCCAUGCAGAGAUGGCACAGAUUGAGGCCACCAUUGAGCUUGAGGUUGAAUCAUCCAAGAAGAGCUGGCUCUCCCUCGUCGAGACGGCAGGCAUGAGGCGACGAACGCUGAUUUCAUCGUUCCUCGGCUUGUUUACUCAGUGGUCCGGCAAUACUCUCAUCUCAUAUUAUCUGGGCGAUCUCCUAGCAAUGAUUGGGCAGACAGACUCUGUCUUUAAGCAGAAGAUCAACGUUGCCAUAGCCUGCUGGUCAUUGUUCGCCGGUGUCACUGUGUCUCUGCUCGUCAACCGUUUUAACCGCCGAACAAUGUACCUUACAUGCACGAUUAGCUUGCUCGUUGUCUACAUCUGCUGGACUGUGACAAUGCAGCAGAGUAUCAAGGGCAAUGAGCUUGGCAUCCCCAACAAAGCUGCCGGUGCAGCCACCAUCUUCUUCAUCUUUGCGUACCAGCCUUGUUAUAACAUUGGCUACAACGCGCUCACGUAUACGUACAUGGUUGAGUUGUGGCCAUACGUCGAGCGGUCCAAGGGAAUUUCCGUGUUCCAGCUGUUUGGGCGACUUGCUGGAUUCUUUGCUACUUUUGUGAACCCGAUUGGCCUGCAAAACAUUAGCUGGAGGUGGCUGAUUGUCUAUUGCUGCUGGCUGGCCUUUGAGAUUGUUUUCGUCUGGUUCCUGUUCCCUGAGACAGCUGGUCGAACUUUGGAGGAACUCACCUUUUUGUUUGAGGAUAAAACCCUGGCCGAUCAGGCAGUCAUGGCGGUUGAGAAAGCCGUGCACCAUGAGGAUAUGGGCGCAAAAGCCAUCGAGCUUGGCGAGGUGCAGCAAGUUGAAAAGGCUUCAAGCAAUGUGGCUGCACACAGUGUCAAGGUAUAG